AUGGAUCGUCGCUUCGUGUUCUGGCCUUCGAUGCAUACGGCUGAGAUGCUGACUGUCAAAAAUCGCACACAGGGCGCACGCGUGAAAGCUAUGCCUUUCCUUGUUCAGCGAGUGCGCUUAUUGACGCCAAUGCUUCCCUGCCAGGAGCAGGGCUACCUGUCCGUCAACCAGAUGCUCGAGCGUCGGCCUUGCGACCCUUCGCUUCGUGUUCCAAUCAGUUCAAGGCAAGGGCCUACAACAGCCCCCCUGCUUGAAUGCAUCCAGAGGAGUCGACACGCUGCACGGCUCUGCGCAAUGCCACUCGCUUCUGCAACGUGUGCUGGGCUUGUGCAAACAGUCCCAGGGACGUUAUCCAAGAUGAUGCGCUGCUCGAACGUGCCGCGGAUUCUGGCGACAGCUUUAGCAACGUACUUAAAACGAUACCAGGAUGAUCGACAGAGCUUAAUGCCGUUUCCAGCGCUACCCAGCGACCACGAUUCGGGCUCAUUACAAAAAAACCUUCUGGAAACGCCGUUUGUAUCUGCAUCGUAUAGAAGAUAG